AUGGAGGGCAGAACAAGGUCUGUGCUCCCACCUGGCUUCAGGUUUCACCCCACUGAUGAGGAACUAAUUGUGUACUACCUUUGUAACCAAGCCACAUCAAAACCAUGCCCUGCAUCCAUCAUCCCAGAAGUGGAUAUCUAUAAGUUUGAUCCAUGGGAGUUACCUGAAAAAACAGACUUUGGAGAAAAUGAAUGGUACUUCUUUAGUCCAAGAGAGAGGAAGUACCCAAAUGGGGUGAGGCCUAAUAGAGCAACUGUGUCUGGGUAUUGGAAGGCCACUGGCACUGACAAAGCAAUCUACAGUGGCUCUAAGCAUAUUGGUGUGAAGAAAGCUCUGGUUUUUUACAAGGGUAAGCCACCAAAGGGUCUCAAGACAGAUUGGAUUAUGCAUGAGUAUAGAUUAAUUGGAUCAAGAAGACAAGCCAAUAGACAAAUUGGAUCCAUGAGGCUAGAUGACUGGGUCUUGUGUAGGAUCUACAAGAAGAAGAACAUGGGAAAAUCAUUGGAGGCAAAAGAGGACUAUCCAAUUGCACAAAUCAAUCUUACACCACCAAAUAAUGGCACUGAACAAGAAGUGGUGAAAUUUCCAAGGACUAGUUCCCUUACUCAUCUUUUGGAUAUGGAUUACUUGGGACCAAUAUCCCACAUACUAUCUGAUGCAUCAUACAAUUCAACCUUUGAUUUUCAACUAAACACUGCCAAUGGUGGAAUGGACCCGUUCGUAAAACAACAGCCACUUGAAAUUCCUAAUAACCUUUAUUAUGCAGCAGAUUCAGGGAAGUACCAAGUGAAACAGAACAGCACCAUCAACCCCACCAUAUUUGUGAACCAACUCUAUGAUCAGAGAGGAUAA